AUGGAAUUUGCGGGGAUGCAUCCUGUUCCGGAAUCCAGCGGCAGCGAGGGCGAAUCGUCUCAAGAGGCCUCCGACAAAACCGAGGAACGCUUCGGUCUAGACCUUGGGCAGAGGCUGCGGGCCUCGCGCAAGCCCUUUUUUGCGGCGGUCUCCGUGGAGCUGUUGUUCUGCGCGUUGAUGACCAGAUGGGUGCGGGAGGAGGAUGUGCACUUCUCCCCACUGGAGAAAUGGAUCCCCGUGGAUGCGAAAGAUUUGGUGAAUUUUUGCUGGGGCACAUUCAUCGUGACAGGCCUCAUGAGAGUUUUCUGCAUCUGGGGUCUGCCUCACGUCCGCACGAGCCCUAGGGCCGUUCGAAUCGGCACUGCCAUCUUCAUGCUGGCGGGCACCUUGCAGUGGGUGAUCUAUCUCUCGGCCUUUUAUGUGGAAUACGAUGCAUCCACACCUGUGGAUCGGGUGCACGAUGUGAGAAUGGCAAUGCAGGAGGUCCCCACCUUUCUUGGUGCGCCCUUGGCCUCCUGCCUCCGCGAGAAUAACUGGAGCUACUCUGCAUGUCGAUUGAGGGUGACGAAGAACUGCACGAUGCCCUUCGAGUCUGGCAAGCAGUAUACAGACGGAGCUUGCGUGGAAACCGUCGUCGUCGCCGGCCAGCUGUGCUGCGUGUGCGAAAGGGUUGUCCUUGGAAAGCCGUUGAUGGAGUUUGGUUUGGGAGUAGACGACGUCUUCAUGCUGGUAAGAUGGCUGGCGAUUCUGAUGCUGGGUUGGGUGGUGCGUGGUUGGGUAUCGACUCCUGCUGCGAACUCCUUUACCAGCGGCGCCUGGCUUGACAUAUUGGAUGCUGUGGUCUUUAGUGACAACAUCCGGUCCCCAGCAGUUCGCCAUCCUGCGUAUGGCAUCGACUUCGACGGCAGCAUGCGCCCGAAGGAUGCAACGCUUUUCGUUGCUGUCUCUCUGACCUGGGUCGUGGCAUUUACCACUGUGGUGCUGUCUCCUGCACUAUUCACCACGUUGAUGCCUGCAGCCAAGGAGAAGGCACCCAGCAUCGACGAGCUGAAGGAAGAGCAGAUGCGCCGUCUGAAGGACAGCUUGGCAUGCUCGGACGAGCACGAGGCCAGGGCAGCAGCGGAAACCGCCCUGGAGCUGCUCCGUCGGAGUGUGAAGGAGCGGCAAGGAACUGAAUAUGCCGGACAUCCCGUGUGUGUGGAUGUUCAGGAUGGCUCCAACAGCGAACCUCGCCGUGCUCGAAUCCUCCGCGAAAGUCACCGGGCAACUGCAGGGAGUUCCGAGGGGGCCUACCUGGUGAAGUUCACGGAUGGGCGGAGUCCAUCUGAGCAGAUUGUCCCGCUGGAGCACAUCCAUCCCAGCAUUGACCAUUCAGAGGAUAGAAAAAGCUGCUGCGCGGGCUGGCUGUCCUGUGACGACAUGGAUGAGGCAUCCGAGCUUGAUCACUUUCUCCGACGGGCGCAGCUCCUGGAUGCAAUCCGCUCGCUUUUUCUUUUGGAGCUCCCAUUCCUCUGCUGGCGGAUAUACAUUGACUGGUACACUGUGGAUAUCGCCAACGCCCGGAUCCUGUUCAUCUUGAAGAAUGCGAUCUGGGCCGCCGUGGAUUUCCUCACGAUCCUGAACUGCGGCGGCGACGGCGGUGUGAUGUGCUCUUGCAGACCGCUGAGACACGUAAGCGGCCUUGCAGACACGCAGCUGGGCAAGAUCUGGAUCGGUCCUGCAGGCUUGUUUCUGCUUGCAGCUCAAGUCGCCAGCUCAGUACUCAAGCUCCGGCUCAACAACCGCCGGGCAAACCUGCUCCUGCAUCGUGCCUGGCUCCAAUCUGAGCGGAACAGCACUGGGACUGGUCGCCAGUUGCAUAAUGCGAAGUUGAGAGAGGUUGCAAAUCAGUUGGAUUUAAUUGACGAGAAACUAGGCUACGCCCAGCUGGCAUAG